GCUGUACAAAGUGGCUGUUGCUUUUAUGCUGGCCCAUCCUUAUGGUCUGACCCGGGUCAUGUCCAGCUACCGCUGGGAUCGCUACUUUGUUAAUGGGAAGGAUGUCAACGAUUGGAUGGGGCCGCCCAGCAGCAGUGACGGAGCGACAAAGCAUGUGACCUUGAAUCCAGACACCACCUGUGGGAACGGCUGGGUGUGUGAACAUCGCUGGCGGCAGAUCAGGAACAUGGUCAUCUUUCGCAACGUGGUGGACGGACAGCCCUUUGCAAAUUGGUGGGACAAUGGAAGCAAUCAGAUCGCAUUUGGACGUGGGAAUAGAGGCUUCCUCGCAAUUAACAACGACAACUGGAACAUGGGAGUAACGUUACAGACUGGCCUCCCUGGUGGCACAUACUGUGAUGUGAUCUCAGGACAGAAGGAUGGUACUCGCUGCACAGGGAUACAGGUCAAUGUCAACGCUGAUGGUACAGCGUCACUGCAAAUCAGUAACACCGCAGAGGACCCCAUGGUGGCCAUUCACGUUGGUGCUAAACUGUAACCAGCACAUCCCAUUAAAAGCAUGAUGGA